AUCAACUUAGACUCUUACUUUGCCCCUACACACACCUUAACAAUGGCUGAAAUUCCAACCACAAUGUUCGCAUGGAGGAAGCACAGGGGGAACCCCGAACCGGUCUGGGAGGAGAUUCCCUUGCCCAAGUUAUCGCCAACAGGCGUCAUAGUCAAGAUCCUGGCAACCGGAGUCUGUCGAAGCGAUCAUUCCCUACUCACCCGAGAGAUCCAGCCGGCAUGGUUCCAGGAAAGCUUCACAUUGGGCCAUGAAGGCUGCGGCCGAAUCGUGCAAAUGGGCAAAGACAUCAAGGACGCCAAGGUCAAAGUAGGAGAUAUCGUGGCUCUACACGCAGUUCCAGGAUGUGGAGCCCAUGAUUGCCCCGAAUGCUCGCGUGACCUUCCCCAGAUCUGCGAGGCGGGACAUCACUCGGGCAUCGGUCAGGAUGGCUUCUACGCACCGUAUGCCCACGUCGACAUCAGAGGUGUUGUGCCUGUUCCCCACGGAGUGUCUCCUGCGCAGGCAGCUGUGGCCACCGACGCCAUCAACACGGCCUUCCACGCCAUCACGCGCCGGGCUGAAGUCCAGCCGCACGAGACAGUCUUUCUCUUCGGCCUCGGUGGGCUGGGCUUCAACGCGCUGCAGGUCGUUCGGCACAUUGGCGCCCGCAUUCUCGUCAAGGACGUUAAGCAGUCGAGGCUCGACGAUGCGAGAGACAUUGGCGUGCCGGCCGAGGAUAUUGCGCCGACCGACAUGAGCGUCGACGAGUUUGUGGCGAAACGUGGGCUGCACAUUGACACCGUCCUUGAUUUUGUCGGGGCUCAUGAUACCUUUGAUGCGGCACAAAGGAUCGUGCGCAGAGGUGGCAAGAUUCUGUGUGUGGGCAGCUUGGAUACUGAGAACACAGUUGUUAUGAAGAUUGGGACGAGAAAAAGGCUGUCGUUCAUCUUCUCGUACGGUGGGCAGGUCCAAGACCUGGAGAAGGUCUUGGAUUUGGUGGCCAAGGGAGUAAUUCAGCCAGAGGUACAACAGAAGAAGUUGGAGGAUUUUCCACAAGUCUUGAGAGAUCUCGAAGCUGGGAGGGUUGAUGGCAGAGUAGCCCUUAUGCAGGACGAAUAAGGAGGUCAAGGCCGCGUAUCAACCGUUUUAGCCAUUAACGCUUGCUCCUUUGGGCAACGUUAUAGAAGUCGCAGAGGUUGUCCCUGCAUCCACGGGUAAAAUGGCACCCGUAAUCCAUCUAGAAUGAUCCGACGCAAGAAACACAACUGCGCAUGCUGUAUCCCAACCGGUACCCUCAGUACCAAGUAGACUCCUCCCCUUGCGGGCCUCUCUAAUCUCCUCGCUCAUCCCACCUGCAUACAUCAUUGGAGUGUAUAGCAUCCCAGGACACACGCAGUUCACGCGAAUACCAUCCUUAGCGUGAUGAGCCGCCAUGGCCCUCGUCAUGUUGACAACGGCACCUUUACUGGUAGGGUAUAGCAGGUGUGGAGUGCCCCCGCGUAUCCCCGCGACGGAGCCCAUGUUUACUAUGCUGCCCUUGAUCUCCAUGUCGUCUUUGUCGCGUACCAUGGCGGGGAUGGCAGCCUUGGCCAUCCUGACCAUGCUCGACACGUUGACCUCAAGCCCCUCAGCAAACUUUUCCAAGUCGACCUCGACCGCCGUCCCCGGCGCGCCGCCCACGCCGACGUUGUUUACUAGGAUAUCCAACCGGCCGAACUUGUCCAGAGCGAGCUGCACGGCGGCGUCGCAGUCGGCCUGUUUUGUGACGUCGCCCUGGGUGGCAAUGGCUGUACCGCGGCCUGGCUUUGUCUUGACCAUCUCUACCGUCUUGUUCGCCCAGUCGAGGUUCAUAUCGAGGCAGACAACAUCGCAGCCGUCGUCGGCUAAGAGGAUAGAUAUGGCCCGUCCGUUGCCAAUUCCCGAGUCCGCACAGCCGGCUCCAGUGACGAUGGCGACACGACCGCGUAGGGAACGGGAGGGAGGGUGGUUUGGGAUAUCAGAGGACGUCAUGCCGACAAUGUGUGCUUCGGGGCGAACAGAAGAACAGUUCUUCUC